AUGAUGCCUCUCCACGACAAGUUCGGGCAACCUCACCAGUUCGCCCUGAAGAAAAUAGCAGGUCUCGUCCCCGUCCCCGGCCUGCUCCUGAAGUUCCUGCGUUCGCUUCCCAUCCUGCACGACCAGGACUAUGCUGAGAAGCACCGCCUGCGUGAGCGCUACGGGGAUCAAACCCUGGUUCUGCCUGAGAGUGCUGAGAGGAAGAGGGUGGUCUACACCAUCGAUGAGUACAACCCUCUGCUGGACUCCUCCAACAUGACCCCCGAGGACUGGGUCAAGAUCGGGACCGACAUCGAGAAAAACUACGAGACGUACGCAGGAUUCGUGGUCCUUCACGGUACCGACACCAUGGCCUACACGGCGUCCGCCCUGUCCUUCCUGUGUGAACACCUGCGGAAACCGGUGGUGGUCACCGGCGCCCAGGUGCCGAUCUACGAGUUGAGGAACGACGGCAGAGACAACCUGCUGGGGGCGCUGCUGCUCGCCGGACAGUUUGAUAUUCCUGAGGUCUCCCUGUAUUUCUACAACAAGCUCUACCGAGGGAACUGCUCCACCAAGGUGGAUGCUGAGAGCUUCGAUGCCUUCUGCUCCCCGAACCUGGUUCCUCUGGCCUCCACUGAGGCCCACAUCAAAGUCAACACGGACAUCCUGUGGAAGGACAAAUCCACGGACAAGUUCCAGGUCAGCAGACACCUGAGCCGGAACAUCGGCCUGCUCCGACUGUUCCCGGGAAUCACUGCCGCCACGGUGAAGGCGUUCCUGCACCAGGACCUGCAGGGGGUGGUCCUGGAGACCUACGGCAGCGGGAACGCCCCCGAUAAAGACCAGGACCUGCUGCAGGCGCUGAAGAAGGCCACGGACAACGGCGUCAUCGUCGUCAACUGUACGCAGUGUCUGCGAGGAACCGUGUCCAUGACCUACGCCACCGGACAGGCGCUGAUGGACGCCGGCGUGAUCUCUGGAGGGGACAUGACUCCGGAGGCCGCUCUGACCAAACUGUCCUACCUGCUGGGGAAGACGGGCCUGGACACCAAGACCAGGAGGACGAUGAUGGAGGAGAACCUGCGAGGCGAGAAACACACCGACCUGCCCGGAGGUCUGAAGGUCUCUGCAGGUCGGCGUCCCGGACGAGAGGAAUGA